UUCCUAUUUUUAGUAGUGUGCUGAUUGUACCGUACAGAGUCGCGCUCCCGAAGUCGCUGUGGAACCAGCAGAAAGAAACUAGCAAACACCAAAUAGGAUGGAUCCGUUACUGUCACACAAACAGCAGAAGGCAGCGGACAUUCGGGAUGCCAUACGGGAGUAUCACGCCGCACGUAAUCCAUGGGGUCCGGACCAUCGGGCACAUGCCGUGUUCCUGGGAGUCCAGCGGAACAACGCCAGACGAGGUUUCGAUGACGAAGACGACGAUGACGAAAAAGGGUGGUGCUGGUAUUUGGGGUGGUUGCUGAUAUUGACGAUCGCCUGUGUAGCGGUUUGGUACACCUGGAUGAGAGCUGUUAGCAGUGCACAAAAGUUGGCCAUCGAUUUUCCUGCAAUGGGGUCCAUCGGAGGAACGCAAUGUCACGGAUCGCCCGGAAAUUCUACGUUCAUUCAAGUGGCCAACUGCACGCUCAUCGAAUCGGUAUCGUUUGCAAAAGGGCUUGGUCUAGUGCUUCAGAGCAGCUACGACGAUUGAUUAACGUGCCCAUCGAUGUUGGUUGUGAAAAGACUGUAUGUAAACGAAAGUAAAUGUAAGUUAAAUAUUAGUUUUGUAAGUUGAGAACCUAAAUUGUCCCUGAGAUUAAAUUCUACGUGCCGUGACACAUUCAUGGAUUGCAUUUCAAUAGACCGAUGAGUAGGUACACGUUAAGCUUCAACAGACAAUAAAUAAUAUGUAAUUUAGCUAUCAGUUUCUAUACUCUCUUACAACAUACCCUCAACGAAAUUGUCUUACCAUGUGUUGGUUAUCAUGUAGGUAAACAAAUUUCAUAGAAAUCAUUCGGUCUGUUUUGCUGCCUCCAGUCGCAGUGAUCCUCUCGCAGUAAGCAGGGAAACACCGAGAAUGGAACCACUUCUAUCUCGCAAGGAUCAGCGGGCCAAGGACAUUCGCGACGCUAUUAAGGAGUACAACACCUUUCAAAGCUCUUGGAGUUCCGAAUAUCGAGCACAAGCAGUUUACCAGGGUGUGCUACGAAAUAACGCCCGGCAACAAGGGGGCUUCUAUUUUGAAGACGAUGACCAAAGAAGAUGUUGCUGUUGCCGUUUGGGAUGUUUCGGAUGGCUGCUCUUGCUUGUGGCUGCCUGUGGAGCUGUAUGGUACACUUGGGCGAGAGUAGCUGACGAUGGGCAAAAGAUGGCAAUGAAUUUUCCGAUAUUGGCGGGAACAUGUGAGAGAGCAGCGGCGUUUUCGUUCUUCCAAAUGGCCAAUUGUACGCUGAUCCGGUUGGGGUCGUUUAUUGAAAAUCUGGCUCAAGUGUUGCAGACUUAGCGUCUAAUGUACCUACAGUUGUGUUAAUAGUCGUAAACGGCGAUUUUCAUACAAAAUUCUCAACUUCUGUAAUUUGAGUUUUUCUCCAAAGCCAAAGCUUUUGAAACAAACUAUUAUUAUUUAUUACAUUAUGUGAAAUCGGUGAUUAUCUUUUUAACGAGUGUUACGAAAAAAAUGUGAUAAAGAACUUGAGCAUAUUUGUAGUUUUCAGUCAAUAUUUCAAACUUAUUACUUAUACGGAAACAAAGUUGCAACAUGUCAAAGUUGAGCAUUUUGUAUGAAAACCGGCUUUCACUACUAUCAUUCUGAACAUAACUAUGUGUUAUUGGUGUUUUACUGGGAUGAGUCAAUAGUUCACUUGAGUGUCUUUGUAGGCUAGCCGACCAUACAUAUUAUGCAUUACUGAGCAACGCUUUUUGUUGCUUUUGAGCUUAUCUUGUUUAUAAUCUGUAUUUGUUUUUAAUAAAAAUGUACCAUUAUCAAAC